CAACGCUGUAAACACCGACCAAACUCCACACUUCAUUAAAUUAACUAUUUUUAACUUCACUUGUUUGAUAUCAUCAGCAUGAAGGAUGCAGCACCGCAUCUGUUUGAAAACAGCCCUAUUAGAAAAAUGCUGCAACAUGUCGUUCAGAAUCACGCUCUUUGGACUGUUCCUAUUGUCAUCACUCUCUUUGCUUUAUUCACACGUUGGUCAGUGGCAUUAAAUCCUUAUUCAGGAUAUAAUACACCACCACUGUUUGGUGAUUACGAAGCACAGAGACAUUGGAUGGAGAUCACGCUUCAUUUGCCCUUUUCUCAAUGGUACACAUAUGAUUUGCAAUGGUGGGGACUUGACUAUCCUCCGUUGACAGCUUAUCAUAGCUGGUUAUGUGGAUUAAUUGGAAGUAAGAUAAACCCUAAUUGGUUUGCACUCGACAAGUCAAGAGGAAUAGAGUCAGCCGAAAGCAAGCUGUUUCUAAGAUCGACCGUGGUUGUUUCAGAGUUUCUGCUAUAUAUACCAGCAGUCAUGGCGUUCUGCCAGAUCCUUUAUGGCGUGAACAAUGCUUAUCUGAAAAAGUAUACUGCAGCCUGUUUAAUUUUAAUGCAACCAGCACUUAUCAUGAUUGAUCAUGGUCAUUUUCAGUUUAAUAACGUAAUGCUUGGGCUUACACUCUGGGCUAUCAACUGUUUUCUGACACAACACUAUGUUGUUGGCUCAGUCUUCUUUUGUGCAGCAUUGGGAUUUAAGCAAAUGGCAUUAUAUUAUGCCCCUGCUGUAUUUGCUUUUCUACUCGGUAGAUGCUUUGUAGAGAAGCGAGGAAUACUACUAUUUAUCAAGUUGGGAAUAACUGUUAUCACUACUUUUGCCAUACUGUUUGCGCCCUGGUUAAGAUCAUUAGAGGAUAUUCAACAAGUCGUUUUUCGUGUAUUUCCUGUGGCCCGAGGGCUAUUUGAAGACAAGGUUGCUAAUGUUUGGUGCGCGAUAAAUGUGAUUGUUAAACUCAAGCAAAUUUUAAGUUUAGAAUCUACUGUUAGGUUAAGUUUGUUUGCCACACUCAUUGCCAUUGUUCCUACUGCGAUUCAUCUUGGAUUGAAGCCAUCACGCAGACGGUUUCUUUAUGCAUUGAUCAAUUCAUCGCUUGCCUUCUUUUUAUUUUCAUUUCAAGUGCAUGAAAAGUCGAUUCUACUUCCUUUAUUACCAGCUACUCUGCUCGUCUUGGAAGAACCUAUUGCUACUACUCUGUUUAUGAAUACUGCCAUGUUUAGUAUGUUCCCUUUACUAAAACGAGAAGGAUUGGCUUUUCCUUAUUUUGUCGUGACAAUCAUGUGGAACUGGAUCAUUGGUGAGCAUGAUACAGCCAACAGAGACUUGCUUGAAAAAGUGUGUGCCAAGGGUAUCUAUGGAGCCUUUUUUAUUUGGCAUUUGGUAGAGACUUUGGUAGAACCCCCUUCCCACUUACCUGACUUGUACACGGUAAUCAAUGUACUCCUAAGUUGUGGAGUAUUCUGUUUAUUGUUUGCUUACUUUACAUAUCGUCAAUUUACCACACCCUUUGUUCAAAAAACGAAAACCCAGUAAUAAACGUUGAUUUAAAAAUGCACAAGUAGAUUUUGGCGUUUCUCUCUUCACCUGU